AUGCCCCUGCACGAGUCAAACCAGGAGGAAGCCCGAGGCACUCGGGCUGGGAGCUCGCUCUGGAACCUUCCGCCUCCACCUGUCCAUGUGGGCAGACGACGGAUCAACUCUGUCCCACCCCCGCCGGGGCGGACUCGGGCUGGGGAGAGUGAGGGGCGGUGGGUGGCCAUGCAGGGAGGGACCCCAGGGCCAGACGCCACGGGCCAGGCCCUGAAACGCGCCUCGGCACACAGGGGCCUGCAGCCCAGUGGUCCCAGGUCUUGGCCAGGCCAGAGGGCAGCCCCCUACACCCAGGAUCCCCAGACCUUGGAUGGGGCUAUUGCUUCCAGGCAGCGGCCGGAUGCCGACCCCGCGCCCCAGGGCCUGGGCAGGCCACCAAGUGGCUCUCAGCCCGGCCCAGGAACCCCGGGCCCCCCCAGGCAGGACAACGAAAGCAAAGGAGCUUUGGGUCAGAGCCGGGGGCUCGAAGCGGCCGUGGGAACGCCAGCCCAGGCAGCGGGGCUGAAGGCCACAGCACGCCAACCCGCCAGGCACCCGGCCCCCCCAGCCCCACCGCCGGGUCUGGCUCCUUGCCCCUCUCCAGCCCGGGAUCCCGGGGUCCCCAGACCCUUCACCCUGACCCCUGGUGGGGGCAACAGGGCGUCUCGGGAGUGUGAGCCCCUUCCCUUCGCAGGCCAGGCCCACCAGAGCCCCAGGCUGCCCCCAGACAGCCAGCCGGAGGCAGCCCACGAGGGAAGCGGACGGGACGUGGGCUGGAGUCCCCAGGGCAGGCGCAAGACCUCCGGAGCCUCGGCAGUGUGUUUGGACGGGUGGACGCGGAGGAGGGACCACCUGCUUCCCGCCCCCACGAGGGCCCACCGUGGCCGGUCCCGCCCCCGGCCACAUGAGCACCAGGGAGCCAAGAGGGACGAGGGGGAGGGGAGCGAAGCCCGAGGAGAAAGGCGCCCGGGGAGGGCGGGCCGCCCCGCACGGCCACUCAGCCGGGUGCCGCUGAACUCUGACCGUGAGGCGCCCUCCCAACACGAAGCCCACGCCUCACCUGGAGCCUCUCCUUCAGCAGGGGGUGUCCACACGCCCUCUGCACCCAAGCUGCACCCGCUGAAGCGCAAGCCGCCCGGCCAUCCCGCCAUGGCCCCCGGGGCUCUCCCGCACCCCUUAUUUCCUUGCGGCUUCCUGGGCGCCGAGGGAUCCUGGGGCCACCUCCUGAGCCCACACAGUGAACAGAAUGCGCGCUCCGCCCUGAGCGUGGCCCUCACUGCUUAUUUCCGGCACAUGUCUGCAUCCCGGAAGACCCCCCUCUCCCCAGAAGAGGGCCGGGCGCAGGCGGGAGGGUGCAGGCCAGUUUCUCCUCGGGGGGAGCAGGCCCUCCACCGGGAGCAGAAUCCAAACCCGUCCGACUGCCGGGACGACUAUCUCUCGAUCGCAUUUCUCAACCCAGCCCCGAGCGAGCGAGCAAUGUCUGGCCCAAGAACCAGUGAACAGGAGCGUGUACCCCUGGGCCGGGCACUCAGGGCCUUCAGCUGGGGGCAGGGAGGCCCCAACCCCACCCGGCAGGCCCCCACUCUGCACAGGGGCCACUCUCCUCGCAGGGCUGUGUGCCCGGCACCCCUGCCUCCCCUUGGACCAACCUCCAGGGAGUCAUACCCAGCACCUCGAAUCCAGCCCAAGGCCAGGUCCAGGGACCCCAGGCCCCACGGCCACGUGAACCAGGCCGAUCCCACCACUGCCCAGAGAACCAGCAAGGCAGCAGCACUGUAUCCUGCCCACGUCAGCGACCAGAAGCAGGCUGGGGCAGAGUGGGUUAAGGAACUUGCCCACAGGCCCGCUGCUCCCGAGUGGGGCGGCCCACAGAAGCCUGACACUACCCCCAACUCGGGACAAGUCCAGUCAGCUGGGGUGGAGAAGCUGGGUGAAGACAGGCCACCUCCUAAGAAGGACCCCAGCCCUCCAGGGGAGGCAAGGGAAGGUGCAAAAGCCAGCAGGGUCCAUGCUUCGGGCUCUGCUGGUCCCCCCCGAACUCUGGGCCUCCCCUCCCCACCCCACCGGAGAGUGAAGCCCAAACAAGCGGAGAUCAGAACCGAAGCGGACAAGCAGCAGGGCCCGAGCCGGCCGUCCGAGAGCCCCUCACCUCCCCGCCUCCCACGGCCAGAUCCGGAAGCGGGGUUCCCAGCCCCCGCCUGGCCCAGCCCCCCAGCCACUGCUCCCACUGACCCUGGGGACCCACAGCCCCCUAGGGACCUGGGCCUGCAGUUCCCCAGUCCCUGCAGGCCCAUGCUCAUUGCUGGCCUGGAAGGCCCACGGGCGCUGGCAGGGGAGUCAGAGUGCACAGGCCUGGGGGACGGAACGGGAGCCAAGAUCAGGGACUCAGAUAAGCAUCGCCUGAGGAGCGAGGAGGGCCCGGGGCAUGCUCAGCUCCGCCAGCUGCGGACGACGGCAGAGCGCGGGUCACAACGGCCCACGCCCUCCUCCCCACGGCCGCGCCUUCCCGAGGCCCCAGGCGGCCACGGCCAGCCGACCAGGGAGGCCUGCGGGCAGGGCCAGCCUGAGUCCCUGCUCCGGGACCUCGAGACGUCUGCUCCCCAGGACGGCCCCAGCCCGGCCCCCUGCAGCCCCUUCGGGACCGUUCCCCGGCUGCAGGUCCCUGGGCACCCAUCGCCCUCCGCGGCCCGGCUCACCGAGCCCUGGGCACCCAUCGCCCUCCGCGGCCCGGCUCACCCAGCCCUGGGCACCCAUCGCCCUCCGAAGGCCCCAGGAGGCUUCCAGGAGAAAAGGCCCUUCUCUGCCUGA